CUCAAUAAGCAGGGUAGCUAGUAAACUGUCAGAGACUAAAAUUGAAAGCUCUGGGGGCGUGUGAGAAGUUCAGGAGGUGCGAAAAAUAAAAACUCUUAAAUUGGAGUUUAUAAUUUGCAAGGAAGGCCCAUAAGAAUAUGGUGGUUAUCGAUCUCUCUCCGGUGGAGUAACCAACCGCUAAACCGACGAUGAUGAAGAACGGAUUAGCGGCGUACAAGAUAUACAGAGCUCUAAGCUACGGCGUAUCACCGUUAAUCCGUCUUCACUUACGGUGGCGCAGAUUCCGCGGCCUUGAACACCUCCAACGAUGGCCAGAACGGCUAGGUCAUCCCUCUCAACCUCGACAACCAGGUCCCCUCGUAUGGUUCCACGCCGUUUCAUUAGGCGAAGGGAUGAUUGCAAUUCCAGUAAUCAAACACUGCAUUCAGAAAAUGCCUCAUUUGAAUAUACUCUUGACCAUAACCACUCUCUCUGCAUUUGAAGUGCUAAGAAAACGGCUUCCAAGUGAAAUCAUUUUACAGUUUUCACCAGUUGAUACACCUGCUUCCAUAAGUUCUUUCCUACAUUAUUGGAAACCAAAUGCUAUUGUGCUGAUGGAAAGUGAACUCUGGCCAAAUCUUAUCAUGGAUGCUUCAAAAAAUGGUAUAACACUGGCACUGUUAAAUGCUCGGAUUUCUGAAAAAUCCUUUAAUAUUUGGUCAGGAUCUGUGCUUCUUCCAUUGAUUUCAUUGAUGUUUUCCAAGUUUUCCUUGAUUGUGCCAUUGAGUACAGAGCAGGGUGUCCGGUUUCAGCUACUGCAAGCUCCUCCUUAUAUCAUAAACUUUUCUGGUGAUCUAAAGUAUGUAAUAGGAGACAUUGGAGUCGAUGAAAGCAGCAGAAAAAGUAUAGAUAAUCUAAGACUACAGCUUUCUCACAAGCAGGUUUGGAUGGCUUCUUCCAUUCAUAGGGGGGAAGAAGAAAUAAUAUUAGGAGUUCACACUGUCCUUAUGCAGCUGCAACCUAAUAUUGUUACUAUUAUUGUCCCUCGGCAUCCACAGCAUGGACGAGAGAUUGUGAAAAAAUUGGAGAGAGAAGGACAUAAUGUUGUUUUGAGAUCACAACACGAGAGGUUUACGCCAGAAACAAAUAUUUAUGUGGUAGACACUUUGGGUGAAUUAAGACAGUUGUACACAUUAACACCAAUAGCAGUGAUUGGGGGUUCGUUCGUCCCUGGUUUAUCUGGCCAUAAUAUCUCAGAAGCUGCAGCAGCUGGCUGUGCUAUUCUGACAGGUCACCAUGUUGGCCAUUUCUCCCACAUGGUACUGGAAAUGCAACAAUCCAAUCCUCUGUCCGUACUUCAGGUUUCUGGAAGAGUGGAGCUUGAAAAUUCUCUCAUUGAGCUCUUCACAAAUACAACACUUCUUGAAACUCGUCGUAGAGCUGCAAAGGAAGCAUUUUGUAUGUUGUCCAGUGAUAUUGUUGCGAAUAUAUGGAGUUUGCUAAAUUUUCAUAUUUUUAGUAGAUCGUUUACUGAGACGAAGCCUCAUUAAUAUCACAGCAAAGAAUAUGAAGAGUGAAAUUUCAUAACUAGGGCAUUUAACGUGAGAUAAAACUAUACUCAAAUUGCUACCAUAUUUCCCUGUAAUAGUGGUCUGUUUUCUCAAUAAAUUGCUAGGAAAGACCAAUUUAGCAUAAGCAAAUGUUUUUGUGUACUUGCUUAAAGGUGCUGCGUCUAUUUCAAGUUACUUUCUUACUCCUGAAGUUCUAUUAGUAUUUCAUUUGCAAGCUUGAAGAGUGUAGAUGCCAGAUUUUCACUUUCAUCCACGAGCAUUGUGAUAAGGAUUUUGGGUAUUAUGGGGUGCCCAAAUCCCUCGUUGAGUAGUAUGAGAUGAACAGUGGAGUAUUUAAGUACCACAUUUUUUUCUUUUGAUAGCUAGUUUUGAAGGGAAGGUUUCCCAAGUGUGUGAAUAUUUAUCAACUGGUAUCGGAGCUGGUUGUUGGCUCAAAAAGGGCUAUUUAUGGAAAGACUGUCUAGGAAGGUCAUGCAAAGCAACUUAGACUGCA